AUGAAGUUUAAUGAUUUUAGAUCUUUGGUUGUUGCUUUCGUCGGACUUCCGGCACGUGGUAAAACAGUUUUGGCUCAUAAACUAACAAGAUAUUUACAAUGGAUUGGGAUAUCGACGGAGGUGUUCAGCGUUUGCGAUUAUUGUCGAAAACACGUGGAAUUAUACGAUCACAACGUGUUCAGAGUCGAUAAUAGGGAAGCGAUGAAAUUAAGAGAAAAAAGCACUUUCGAAGCCAUGGAAGAUGCAACUCGUUGGUUAAAAGGUGAUGGAAAAGUCGCGAUAUUAGACGGUACGAAUCCGAAUAGAAACUACAGGAAAGUUUUACACGAAUAUUUUGUCAAACAACUCGGUUAUAAAUUAUUAUUUGUCGAAUGUAUUUGCGACGACGAUGGUAUCUUGGAAAAAAACAUCAGGGAAAUCUUGCAAUUCAACAUAGAUUAUAAGAAAAUGAAAAAAGAAAUGGCAAUGAAGGAUUUGAGGUGUAAAAUAGAACAUUUUAAAGAACAAUACGAAUGUUUAACAACGAGAAACGAAUCCAAUUUAAGUUUUAUUAAAGUUUUCAAUGGCGGCGAAAAUAUUUCGAUAAAUAAAAUAUCAGGUCAAUUGCAAUGUAAAAUCCUUUAUUACAUAUCUAAUUUUCGCGCACAACCGAGGACUUUGUAUUUUUCAAGACACGGCGAAAGCGAAUUUAAUUUACUCGGACGUAUUGGAGGAGAUGCAAAUUUAUCACCGAGAGGAUUACAAUACGCACAAAAUUUAGCAAGAUAUUUCAAUCAGAGAUGUAUAAAAGGAUUGAAAAUAUGGACGAGUGAAAAAAGGAGAACGAAUCAAACGGCGGGUGGGAUUUUAGCACCCGUUGAAUCCCUGGAAUCGUUAAACGAACUCGAUGCCGGGAUUUGCGAAGGUUUAACAUACGAUGAAAUGAAAGAACAUUAUCCGAAAGAAUUCGCAUGGAGAGAUGAGGAUAAAUUAAGGUAUCGUUAUCCCUGGGGAGAAUCUUACGUCGAUAUAAUGACGAGAACGGAACCUAUAUUGAUGCAAUUGGAAUCCGAAGAUAACGUUUUGGUAUUGAGUCAUCAAGCCGUACUCAGGUGCAUAAUCGGUUAUUUUUUGUACAAAACGAAAGAACAACUUCCGUACCUGGAAAUCCCAUUGCACACGAUAAUUAAAUUAACGAGCCACGGGUACGAUUAUAAAAUGGAACUCAUUAAAUUGAACGUCGAUUGCGUUGACACGACUAGGAAAAGGCCAAAAGAUUGUUCUUUGUCGACCCAACAACCGUCUCACGAAUCAUUGAAAAAUCCCGUUGUUACAUCACAUUUUCAUGGAAAUGUUAAAAAAUUUUGGUCGCAAGAUGAUAAUAAUAAUAAUAAUUCAAACGUUUGUUUGGGAGCUUGA